ACAUCUUCAAGAACAAAGGAAAAUUGAUUUUAUAAAUAGUUAUGGUAUAUCUCUAGGGUGCGAAAGUAAAUGCAGAGAUCUUUAUUUGCGCCUGAAGUUUCUUUCGAUUACGUUGAAUAACCAUGAUCCGCAACAGCCUCUCCCCCCCGCGCUGCAAAGUGUAGCGACCCAACCCGGCUUGCUGGCUAGGUACACACAGGGCAUACAUACCCUCGCUAGUCUUUCGUGUGUGUUCGUUGUGGCUUACUGGAGGAUGUUACGACGCUACACCUUUCACUGCUUCUGAGGUGAGGCCCUGGGAUAUCUUCCGACCAUUUCAUCCUCUCUGGGGACGGAAAAGCACAAUGGGCCAGAAGGCUGGGAAGCAUGAGCGAGAUGGAGAAGGAGAAGGUUCUCCAUCUCCCAAGCGCUCCCCGAAGCAUUCCUCCAAGCGUGGGUCAAAAAUUUCAAAGUCGCCCAGCAGAGAGUCUACCCCAGGUGCAGACUCGCCUGUGGAUCAAGGGGCGGGCCAUACAAGUAAUGAUGUUGUUGGUGAUGAUAAUAUAGAAAAAGAAAAUAUAGAUCAGCCUCAACCAAGUCACCCACCAAAUCAUCACCUAAAAAGUCAAAGAUGGGCCACAAGUCUUCCAAAUCACCAUCCAAAGUCAAAUCCCAUAAAAAGGAGCACAAGGAGGGGGUUGAGGAACCCAUGACUAUUGACCAUCAGGGAACAGUAGAGAGCCAAGUGAGCUCCCAAGAGCAGACACCCAAGAAGAUGGAACAGCGAGAUUUAGAGCCCUUGACACCAUUGAUCAUCAAUGAUGUAUCGGUUACUAACCACAUCCCUCAGGCAACCUCUACACCAGCUGCCAACGGAGUUAUCAGCACAGGCAUGCAGCCCGCAAGCCCACCUCUCAGUCCGGGGUCCACUACUGACCAGAGCGACGAUGAAGCCUUCACCCCCACUGACCAGCAGUGUCUGAUGCACUCUCUUACUGGGAUGUGUUUCCCGGGCAAGCGAUGGUCGACAAAUAACACACAGGCACUUCAGCCAGGGGCAGAGGAGGAACCAAAUAAGCGCACCUCGGAACCCAACUUCGGGCGCUUUUACACAACAAGCUAUCUGGAUGGUGCCAAGAGUAACUACCUGCAAAGGUCCAGUGUGCAGGAGAAGGAACGUCAAAAGUCGCCACACUUUCACCGGCCAGUGAACUUCUCCUAUGCAAAGGAUCCCCCAGAUUUCUUAAAAAAGAAAAGCAGUGGCAUGAGUGCAUUAGCGACUGGUAAGCGCGUGGUAAAGGUGCGGCGAAGCUCAUCUCCUGCAGAUCUGCGCAAUGAAGAGCCAGUACGCAUGAGUGUGUUUCCCAGUGCCAAGCCCAAAGAACCCAAUGAGCCUGACAAGAUAGAGCGUGAUGACUGGCCAGGCCUGGCAUCUCCAGCUGCUAUCCUUCCAGAAAUAUUACGACAAAGGAGGAGAAGUCGUGGGGAGAAAGAUGAAGAUGAGGAGGAGGAAGAAAGUAUGAAGGAAGAUCCAAAAAUUCAGAGGGAACUGGAGGAAAUUUCCAAAAUAAAAGAUGAGUCUGGCAUGGGUAAAGUGAUUUAUCAGGAGCUGGAGGAGCUGAAAUGCAAACCUGUUAAACCUAUGGACCCUUGGAAGGCAUCAAGAGUUCCAAGUGCAAAGUAUGAACCUCGAUACCACACACGUUUCCAGUCCCCCAUGUUUGCCUCUCCUUCUCGGUUUAUUGAUCGAUCACGUCGUUCCUGGGAUGACAGUGAUAUCCGGGGAUACAGGUCUGCUGCUACAUUAGCUAAUUUGCCAAUUCCAAAACCAGGCUAUGGUCUUUCCUAUACAUCACCAAGGGCUGCAACGCUUCCUGUAGCAGGAAUGUAUGGAGCCCGAGACUAUACUUACUUUGGGUUUAGUGAUGGUAGUCACCGGGAGGACUCUGAGGGACACCAGAGAUCCAAUUAUACCUCGUCCUCCACUCUGACUGGAGAUAGUGGAUCCAGGCGAGAGGGUCGAAGUGGAGUUUCCAGUGUUGCAGCCUAUGAUGUUCCUUCAAUACCUCUGCUGAAGCUUCAGAAAAGCACUUGGCAUACUGAAGCUGAGCCUCCAGUGUAUCCGUAUGAGAGGUUAAAAAUCACUAAGUUUGACUUACCACGUGAUGCUGAUAGAAACAAAUUAGAGAUUCACCUGAACUCGGAUGAAUUCCAGAGACUUUUUGGGAUGCCUCGAGAGCGAUUCUAUCGUUUAGCAGAAUGGAAGAGAAAUGAUAUGAAAAAGAAGUUGGAUCUUUAUUGAUUGAAGCUUUAUCAGAAACAUCAUAGAGUAAACUCUGCCUUAGCUUUUUCAUGUUUGUUUGUUUGUUUUUUUUUAAUAUGAAGAGGGAGGGGAGAAAGUUAUAGGUACUUUUACCUUUCUUUCAGCAUAGCAUUAAAAAAUAAGAAUAAUUUUUCAUCAACUGUGUCUGCUAGCGCAUGCCACCAUCAGCUUUAAGUAUUUUUUCAAGGAAUUAAAAUUUGUAUAGACAUGUUAAAGCUUGAGAUUUGUGCUUUUUUUUUUUUUACUCUUUCAAUAGUGAUGAAUGGACACAAUCUAUUAGUGCAAACUGCACUGGAAGCGUUAAAAGGAAAAACUGUAGGUCUUAUGGGGUUUGUUCUUUGUUCAUGCAAUCUGGUUUGGUGCUUUUGUAAAAGUACUAUCAACCAGUGUGAUUGUCUUUCAUUGUAUUGCAAAAGUUUGAGAACAUUUAAUCAGUGAACAUUCAAGUCCGUAUGUAGCUUUCACUGCAUGACGCUUGACCAGUAAAAAGCAGCCUUGGGUUAGAAGUUGUAUGUUUUAUGUGCUCUUACAUGAUUGUGCUUACAGCUGUACGUAAGAGGUUUUAAUAGAAGUUAAUGCUUUGACACUUUUACAAGCCACUGUAAAAAAAAUUAAAAGGGAUAAAUUAUGAACAGAUUUGUGAGUUAGGGGUUAUUUUUAACAAUCUAUUUUAAGCAUUUUAAACUCGUACCUUGCAUUGGAGGGUAUUUGUAUUUUAAGCGUAGCAAGGCCUUAGGAUUUAGAUGCAGUUAAGAGGAGCUGGUAAUAAUUGCAGCCAUUUUGAUGUUUCUAAAUUAGUAAAGGCAUGGAAGUGAUGUCAGAAUCUCCUGUGAGGACAUAAGUUCUUUUUCCCCCUUUAAGCCAUUGUCCUUCAUGAUACUUUCUUUUGCUUCCUACCCUCUCACCUUUGAAAGGCAAAAUGAAAUGGUGGAGUGGGGGGUGGGAAUGCAGGACAGAAUGGGAACAAUAAAAAUAACCAAAGAAACAAAGAUCAGCAUUUAUAGGGCUAAAGUGAAACUGUCAUUUCUUUUUUUUAAUAAAGAUAUGUAUGUAAAAGUUAAACUUUGUUUUAUUUAACUUUGCUUGCACAUAAAAGUAAUUUUGUCAGUAGAGUUGUAUUUUAUGGUCAGUUAAAGAGUCCUUUUUUUCAUUAUUUUAAAAAUCAUUUUUAUCAAAAUCCUGAUGUUUUAGGUGAGAAGUCUAAAAUAAAUCCCCAGUGCUGGAAAGCAAGGAGCAGAUAAAAAAAUUCACCUAAUUUCAUGCAAGUUGUGUGAGAAUGUGAGGCUGCUUUUUUGGAUUGAGCUUUUUCUUUUUUCCUCAUAACCGGUUAAAAAGUUCUUUUAAAAUGCAUGCAAACUCAUGAAGGAUCCCUGCAGUGACUAGUCAGUGAUCCCUUGGAGUAACUUCUGCAUUCCUACUUUGAUACGGGCAAAUGGUGCUUAUGGCUGAAUUAUGACUUUAAGAAAAGAAAAAAAAAAAAAGAAAGGUUCAUUUUCAUCCCUUUUUUAUGUUUUUUAUUUCUACACAUUGUGUCAUGUUAUGAUUUAAAUAGUUGUGAUUUUUAGCUGCUUUAUAGCAUCCCUGUAUAGUCUGCAUGUGGUGUAGUAGACUUCAUGCAGUGAAGCAUUGAGCUAGAUCCACAGAGGUGUACUACUUGAUGUUUUUUGCUGCAGGUGGAGUCACAGAACAUUGUUUCCUGAUAAUUUGUUGUGGUUAAUGUGUAGAUGAUGAGCAUCCUCUUUCCCAUCUCAGUUUGGGAACUUAUUCUUUAUCCUCCCUCACCUCACUGCCAUGUUGUGUGUUUUCAGCCAUUGCACAUUUUGCUGAAUGGCAACUAUUGGCAUUGAUAUUUCAUGGACUUUAUGUGUCAGAUGGAUUUCUCAGUUGUUUAGUUUGUGGGUUAUUUUCUUGUAGGUUCUCCAAAUUUGACAUUAGCAUAAUAUUGUUUAAAACACUGUAAAUAGUUCCAUCUUGCAGCUUUUGUUGUUUUCUCUAGUUGUACAGGUAUAUAGUAUCCAGCCUACCUCUUUGAGCAUGUCAUGAUUUUUUUUGUUGAUUUUUUUUGUUUUUUUUUUUUGGCUGUGGAGUGUACAAGCCUUGGUAUAGACCACAUGGGAAAUGUGCAUAUUAAAAUCAGAAUGAUCUGCAAUGGUGGUGUUGCAGCAUAUUGAAGAGGACUAGGAAUAAAGAAGUUGAGAAUGCACAGCCUGUGAAUGCAGUCUUUUUCAUGUUGUGGACUGCUGCUAAAGCUUGCAAUGCACCCAAUGUUUUUCCUGUAGAAAUGUUUGAUUUUUUUUUUGAUGAGUGAUAAACGUUGUCCAUUAGGCACUCAUUAACUUCCAUGGUACUUGUAAAGAAACAUUGCAGCAAGAGAAAGCUUUGCAGGCGUUCAUUUAACAUUGAUGGGAGGUGUGACUUGUUUUUACAAGAUUUUAUACCACAGGGUGAAUAGAGUUCAGCUAUACAAAAUUGAAAUGAACAUUAAGCUUAAAUGCUACAUAGCAAACCACUUGCACCAUCCUUAGUUUUUAAUGCUUUUGUAUUUUGCACAUUUCUUAUUUUUAUCAUGGUAUAUUUAUUUUUGUGACAUUCUAGUGUUGUGAGGUGUAGAAUCUAGAUUUGUUCUUAGUGACUGUGAACCUAGUCCUUCAUCUGUUAGAAGCUUCUGCCAUUGCAAUAUUUUCAAACAUGUCCAUAUCAGACUGGAUCAUGCUGCCCCGAAGUGCAUGAUGUAUAUAUUUGUUUCAAGGCUGGAUUUAAAGAAGUAAAAAGGAACAAAGACCCCUAACCAGAAUUAGCUUAUUGUGUUCCAAUAUAUGUCCAAACAUAAAGCCACAUCUGCAAGUCAGACCUGUGAAUAAGAUUAAAAAAAUGGCAGGUAAAUGGUCAUCUUUGGAAAUGAAAAAGUCUGCAGAAUUGAUGUUUAAUUGUGAGAGUAGUGAUUUGUAGGAUUUCAGGUAUGAUAAUAUCUUGUAGAACUGUUUUUAUAAUGGUGCAGUCCUGAGGAUGCUUAUUGUGAAAGGUUUAUUACAUGCUGGGGGUGUUUGCAGCUACCAUACUCUCCUUGGCUGAAGUUUUAAUUGGUUUAAUUCUUGACGCACCUUCUGAUGGCAGUCAGAAACCUUUUGAGAGGCGAAAGGAGUUAUGACCUUAUACCAAGGAAUUUGAAAAUUGCAGAUGAGGAAAAAAUAGCCAUGAUUAUUUUUUAAUUGUACACCAUGAUUGGCAAUUUUUGUGGUUGUGAGCUUUGGUCAGUCCUGAAUGUGAGCUGCUGUCUCAUUUUAAAAACCAAGUCAUUGCAUUUUUUUAAACAUGAGGGAAGAGGGGUUUUAUUUUUUUUCCCAGAUGUACAGAUUGUGAUUUUUGUGCCAUUUUUUGCUGAAAACAAGCUGUGUAUGCAAGAAUAAAAGAAAGAUUAUACAUGCUGUCUUUCAUUUCCUGGCAUUAAAAAAAAUUUAACAAGCUUG